AGAGAGGGCGGAAAGGAUAAAAAGAAGGCAUUAGAUUCUGGCAGAUAGAGCAGCUGCCAAAACAAUUGAGGCUAUCAAAGAUCGUGAGAACCUGGUUGCUAAAUUGGAGGGAGAGAAACAGAGUUUAGAGAAAAUACCUGAAGAGUGGGCCAAACGGCAAAUACAAGAGGCUUCAGAAUUGCAGACAUCAAUGAUGGAGAUUAUGGAAGCUGCUGAUUUAGAGAAGCAGAAACAUAGCAAUACACGAAUGGAAGCACUUGUGAGAUUUUCAAAACUUGAGACUGCAAAUGCCGACCUUGCAAGGUCUCUUGCUGCUGCACAGAAAAACUCUGAAAUAGAGGUUUAUUGUAUCGCUGAACUUCGUCAAAAGAUUCAGUUGAAAGAAGGAACUCAUGAAGAAUUGAGAAGGAAAAUAUCAGCUAGGUGCCAAAACGGGGGGAAUCCUGGUAGCUUCAAAAUGUGUCGAAUUUGAAUUGAAGAUGCUCGAGGCAGAGUAUUCCUUUGUAACUAAUAAAGUAGAACGCUUGCAAGAAAAGGUGGCAUACUUCCUUUUCUAUUAAAUUGUAUUGGUACAUUUGAUGUUGUACCAUAAUUUUUAUGCUACAACAUUCUAUGGACCAAUAAAUGUUCUUAAUUUUAUGUUGUAGUUCAAAAAGUGUUGGAAGAGUAUAAAUUUUCUGCUUCAUUGGAAGCAGCCAUCAGUGGCCUUCAUUUCACUGUGCAAACAAAAUUGAGUUGAUCACUUGCUUUCUCUACUCUAAUGGGCGUAGAUUACCUUUCUGAUGAGAAUUAAAUUCUGAAAAGCCAUUAUUGAUGGUAGAAUGAGCGCUUAAAUUAUAUAUCACAUACAUUUGACUUUUUAAAUGUGUUUAAAUGUUAGUAAUUUAUUAAAGCACCAAAUUUACAGCCAUGAAUAAGUAUAUGCCGGGAAAACUCAUAUCUAAGAUCGUUUCACAGCUGCCCUCCAAAUCUGUGCUUCAUUGUAUGUUAGUUAGCAAAUCAUAAGACAAGGUAUUUUUAAACUGUUAAUUACCGGUGUAUC